UUCAGAGGUUAAAGACACGUCAUAACACGUCUGCAAUCAAAUAUAGUUUUUGAAUAACGUUAUGAUAGAAUAAUUUUAGUCAAGUCGACUGAAAACCGUGUUUGAAGUGUAAUGCAUAUUGUCGGUUGCUAUUUUAUAUCAUAUAUAAUAUAAGAAUCUAUUGUUAGAUUUUAAUAAGAAUUUUUGUCAUUCAAUUAUUGUAUAAAACAUAAUUUAAAAUAAACAUGAAUUAUAUUUUUCUAUUUACAUUAUGUGCUGUAAUUCUAACAAUAUCAGCAGAAACAUGUCAAAAACCAGAAGUAGUAGCAUCGGCAUAUGUAACAGAAGAUGCAACUGUUCUUACUAAUGUAGCUUUUACAACACAGUUUGUAUUAAAAUGUAGCAAUGGUGUUAAAGGAAUUCCAUUAUACGCUGAAGUAGAAGGAAAAGCUUUACCUGCUGUAAGGUUAAGUGCAGAUAACAAAUACCAGGUUUCUUGGACAGAAGACAUCAAACAUGCACGAUCAGGAGAUUACAGUGUCAAGCUUUAUGACGAAGAAAAAUAUGCUGCUAUUCGUAAAGCUUAUAGAAGUGGAGAAGAUCCUAGUGUAGUUAAACCACUAGCUGUAGUUGUACUCAAUAAUCCAGGUAUUUAUCUUGGACCAUGGAUCAACUCUGAAUUUUUGGCAGCAUUUUUAGCUGCUCUUGUUUCAUAUGCUGCAUUUUCAGCUAAAUUUAAACUUCUUGCAUAGUAUAAAUAUUUUGAAUAUAUCUGGUAUUUCUGUAUUUUAAAAAUAUAAUGUAGGACACAUAUGUGAUCGAUUCCAGUUCAAAUAAAUUCAUGAAAUUGAAGAAAA